AUGACAGACACUAAUCGCAGCAAACAGAGCUAUCUGCACAAACACAACGGAAAGAUCGAUCCGCAAUCAGUGCAAUCCCCGUCGGGACAGCUCUCGACAGGCUCGAACACUACCGAACAUGGCCGUGCAGCCAGCCAUACCGGGGGUUCCCUGAAACGUAACAAUAGUCAUCAUCAGCGGUUGAAAAAAUCAAACACAAGCACCCUCGAACGAACCUCUAAUGGUGGCCCCGUGGAGUACGGAGCGGAUCGAACUGGUGGCAGCUUCAGCCAUCAUCAUCACCAGCAACAGCAACAACAGACCGGAACGACCGCUACGAGAUCCGGCGCCGGUUCCAGUCUAGCCAAGAGCUGGUCGAAAACAUCCAGCAGCAGCACCUCGCAGUCCACAUCGCAUGGUCCGGCGGAGCAAACAUCACACCCACUGGACACAGCGGCCAGCAGUGGUCGACCUCCGGGGACAAAUUUAACACCCACCGUCAAAACGGAAGCAUCGCUCAGUGACGAUUUUAAACGCUUCCACACACUACGCAACAGCUACGGCGGCAAAUCCAAUUUAAAUGUAAAUAACACCGACCAAACGAUAAAAUCGCAGGUCCUGCUUCACCAGCAAAAGCUGCGAGAGUACUCGCGACAACUUCCAGCACAGCAACAACAGCCGCACCAUGACAACGAUAGCUACUCAACCUGCUCCUCGUCUCAGUCGGACUACCAGCAUCCCCAGCAACCGCAGCAUCAUCAGCAGCAGCAGCAGCAGCAGCACCAUCGCCACAAGCAUCACACACACUAUCGUGUGCAUCACCAUCAACACCAUCAGCAGCAGCAACAGCAGCAGCAUCCCAAUGUCCAGCUGGCUCAGACCAUCUACCCCAUCUCUGCCACGGUCGCCGCAACUGCCACAUUGACACGCGCUGGCGGUGGAGGUUCGAUAUUGAAAAAUGCCAACAGCAGCACCAACCAUCAGGACCCGGUCGGCAGCCGGAACAGCCUCAAACGAGGUCCGGGUGGAUUAAGCACGCUGUCACUCUGUAGCUGCGACGCGGAAACGGAGAUAAUACCGAAUCCAUUAAGGCCAUUAUAUCAGUACAGCCUGGACAGGAGAAAUCCUCGCCAACACACCUACACGUGCGAGCAGAACGCACAGAUUCUGCUGCGACUGGAAAAGGACCGUCAGAAGAAGUUCGGCUCCAUGGGAAAGUUGCAUCUCACCACAUCAACCGGCGACUUGAGUGUAGCACCCGCAGCGAUGCAACGACACUCGAGCAUUACGGGUGCAUCCGUACCGACCUCUUCCGUUUCGACUCCCACUCCAACGCCUCCUCCACCGGCUGCUCCCACUGGGCCGGCCGGAAAAGUCAGCGGAAAUGCGUGUAAGGUGGCCGCCAACGUGCUCACAUUCGACUGCCAGCAUGGAUCGUACUCUCGGGGUGAUAAUUAUACAGAGGACGACUCGUACAGUGAAGACAUGAUACCACCUCCACCUCCGCCACUACUCAACCGACGCCCUUCCUACGGAUACGGCUGUGUGGUGCAGCAACCUGUUGCAUCCGGACCGGAACCGACACACGCAGACCAGCAGCCAAUGUAUGACCCGACCGCCCAGCCCGCCAUACCACCCGCCAACGUCGACGUGUACGGUCGUGAAGUGGACGGACUGAUUGGAACUAUGAAUCAGCCGGAUCUCUUCAACUUUGCCUCCAACACAAACGGCUCGUUGAGUGGGACACUAAAGUCAACAUUGAAAUCUGCCAAAUCGUCGACAAACGGUAAAACAACUUCCGGCUCAUUGCCCACCGAUGGCAAGUCGAAGCUGAACGACCCACUUCCCGUUAUGAUGGUGGACCUGAUGAACGGAAACGGAACGGUCGCACCACCGCUUCCGAAUGGAACUGACCCGACCGGCACGAAGCCAUAUCCGCCUUACUAUUUCGAUGAUAAUUAUCUGCAUCACCACUACUACUACCGGAACGGGGAGACCGGUGCGGAUGUGCCACUGAAGGACGCUGGGCUGGAUGCAGCGGGGCAGAUGUAUCUCUACCAUCAGCACCAUCACCAUCCGGACGCGAUCCCCGCUGGCUACAUUACCAACUACGAUGCGCUGAAUCUUCCCGCGAAGUACAACACAAUCGGAGCGAAUGGAGAUUUACCACUGGCGGGACACUUUUCCGGGCUGGCGGGAGGCGGUGUCGGUCACCAUGCAAGUUCCUGCAACAUCAAUCAGUACUCGGGCUCGACCAAAAGCAACCUCAUCGCAUCGCACAACCAUCACUUCUCCAACUCGAUCAGCAACUUCAACUUUAAUCCCUCGCAGUACUUUGGGUCGGCGCUGGACCCUCCGCCCGGGACGACCAUCAUUCCUGGCGGCGUGAUGGGAGGGGUGAUGGGUGGUGGUGAUGGCUUUCCUUCGUCCUGCAGACUUAACGGAACGCCCAACAAACAGCAGCCGCAUCCGUGGAAACAUCGUCAGUGUCCGAGUCGAGGUUCGAGCAGUACCGGUUCCGGAUCAUCAAAGUGGGAUCUUCCUUCGAGACAGUGGCUUGCGGUGACCUCCAUACUUCUGAUUGCCGGAGCAGCCGGAGUGGCCGUCCCACUCGCGCUCAAGGUUUCGUCCGGUGCGCCCCUCGAGGAGCGGAUGCAGGUCGCUAUCCAGCUGCUUGACGCAGUGCCUUUAAUCGAUGGUCACAACGAUCUACCGUGGAACAUACGGAAUUUCCUUCGCAAUCAGCUAAACGAUUUUCGCUCCACUUCAUCGUGGGAUUGAAUCGGUCCUCAUCGUCCCUAUCGAUUGAUUGAAGCUUGACUUCGAAUAUGUGAUCCAUCAUGUUGUUCGGUUCGGCCGCAUUCUCCGCAGGUUGAAACUUCCAUCAUCAUCCAUUGGUAAACGAGGCGCCAAUACGUGGAAGCCCUGUACUACACCAUAAAUGAACCACAUAAAAGGGAAGCUCACCUUUCGCGCGAUGCUAUCGUGCUAUCGGAUCCGUUCCCAUAGAAUAGUGAGCAUUCCAGAGAGUUUCAUCCUCGAAAAGUCCCCUUUAGGUUUAGCCACUAACAGUUUCAUCAAUUGUGCUCCCAUCGGAAAUCGGAAAUCGGAUCCGGUGGCAUAAUCCACAGAUCCGGCAGACAAAUCUGGUUUUGUUAAAACCCAAAAUCGGAUUGUAAUUUAGCGCCUGUUUGAAAGCUAGAACAAUGCAGUGCAUUAGUGAAUUGUUUCCUGUAAAGUGUAAAGCUGUAAAGCUUUGUGAAGUGUUAGUUUUGUGUUGAGGAGAUAAGGUAAGUAAACUAA